AUGAACAGAUCAAGGUUUUCAAUGCUGGUGCUUGAACCUGGUGAAAUUUAUUUUGAAGAUUUCUCAUGCAUUAUGAAUAUACAAGAAUCAAAAACAUUAGGUCAAGUUAGAAAUGGCCACUUAAAACUUUGUUCUAAAUCACUGGUGUUCGAACCUAAAGAAUGGGUCUACCCACUAACGAAAUUUCACUUUAAAGAUUGUUGUGAUAUCAGUAUUGUAAAACCAAAGUACGAUAAUGACAUAAAAAAUGUUAUUAAAAUAAAGAUGAGGCAGUAUUCUGAAAUGUUAGAACAAAAUAUUGUAGCACCGUAUAAAUUUAAGUAUGAAAAUAAAGAUUUUUAUUUUUUCUUUGAUUUUGCUUCUGCCGAGGAAUGUCUAAACCAAAUGCAGCAAUUGCAAAGAGCAUCUACUUUACAUGCACCUGAACACAAUAGCAUGGUGGCUACAAUUCUACAUUCACGUUACAUGAGAAUGGUAUUUGACCCUGUUAUGAUGGAAGACUUCACAGAAGAAAUUAUGUGUGAAUUGCAAGUAGAAAAAAUAUCACCCCUUGUAAGGCAUCAAGGAAAAUUAGCACUGACACCCUCAACACUGUACUUCCAGCCUUUUAGUAAUAUUGAAAAUAGUCCUAUAUUUAAGCUGAAAAUGGAAGAGAUGAGAAAAAUGUAUAAAAGAAGAUUUCUAUUAAGGCAAGUUGGUCUUGAGAUUUAUGGUGGAGAAGAAAGCACUGUAUCUCACAUUUACCUUACCUUUUCAUGUGAAGAGGACAGGGACAGAAUAUACAGAAUUCUCGAAGAAUCGCCAAAUGUUCAAUUAGAAAGAGUGCAUGUUGAAGAAAUGACAUUACAGUGGCAAAAUGGCGUUGUCUCUAAUUACGAUUAUUUGAUCUAUCUUAACUGCCUUGCAGAUAGAAGUAAAAAUGAUCUUACUCAGUAUCCAGUAUUUCCAUGGGUGGUUGCUGAUUAUACUUCGGAUAAGCUAGACCUGACUAAUUCUGAUACUUUUCGAGAUUUAUCCAAGCCAAUGGGAGCUUUAAAUUCUGAACGUUUGGAAAAAUUAAAAGAAAGAUAUAAUGAAAUGAAUGAACCAAAGUUUUUGUAUGGAUCUCAUUAUUCUGCUCCAGGUCUAGUAUUGUUUUACCUUGUUCGAAAAUAUCCACGGUAUAUGUUGUGUUUACAAAAUGGAAAAUUUGAUCAUCCUGAUAGAAUGUUCAAUUCGGUGCGAGAUGUGUACAACAACUGUUUGAAUAACAUGUCCGACUUUAAGGAAUUAGUUCCAGAGUUUUAUGACACGAGUGCUAAGGGCGAUUUUCUAGUAAAUAAGCAUGAAAUAGACUUUGGGGAACGUUACGACGGGUCUAAAGUCAAUAACGUUACACUUCCACCAUGGGCAGGCUCGCCAGAGGAAUUUGUAUUAACUCUACGUGAAGCUUUGGAGUCUGAUUUUGUUUCUAGACAUUUGCAUUUAUGGAUUGAUCUCAUUUUUGGUUAUAAGCAAAGAGGUGAAGAAGCGGUCAAGGCUAACAAUGUAUUUCAUCACGUAUGCUACGAAGGUUCAGUUGAUCUUGAAUGCGUUUACGAUAUGAAUGAUAGACACGCAUUAGAAGUACAGAUAAUGGAGUUCGGACAAGUGCCUAAGCAACUUUUUACUAAACCACACGUUAGAAAGGUUACACAACAAAUUCCAAAAUUAUUGAAUCACGGGGGAAGCGAAAUUCGACCGGUUCAAAUAAAAUGUAUAAAUACGAUACGGUUACAUAAAGAAGCUGUCACUUGUGUGCUUCGGGAAGGCUCGAAAAUUAUUUCCGUAGGCAAGGAUGGCGCUCUGAAAGUAUAUGAUUUGGGCCAAGGCAAACAGAUGCGGAGUGUAGUCUUGUGUUCGACACCUUUAAGUUCUUGCGUGAUGGUUGAUGAACAUACAGUCGCAGCUGGUUCAUGGGAUAAUGAAAUAUACUUGUAUAACGUGGAAUACGGAAGGGUUGUGGAGAGUUUCCGUGCACACGACGAUUCUGUUAGUUGUCUACUUUGGCUAAUGAAAGAACGGCUCUUAAUAUCUGGCGGAUGGGAUGGGGUGGUACGUGUGUGGGGCAACGUGGGAAAAAUCGGUCAAGCUUUGCGCGGCUUGAAAGCGGAAUUUGACCAUGACGAGAAGAUCACUGCAGUAACUUAUAGGUAUCGACGUUUUGAGCUGGAUAUAAUAACGGGAACGAGCGACGGCGAGGUAUUCAUAUGGGAUUUCACAUCUAAAGGGUUGAUGAACAAGGUUCGAAUUCACUCGUCACCAGUUUGCGGAGUUUCUCUCGUUCUAUCCGGAGAUAGUAUCGUUACAAGCAGCGAAGAUGGCGACAUAUAUGUAACGGAUUUGAGCGUUUUGCACUCGGUGUAUCACAAGCGUAUGUCAGAAGCAAUGACUUCACUGUGCUGGGACGGCUGCGGUACAUUGUGGCUAGGCGGCAGCGCUGGCACCUUGCUGCAGUGGAACAUGAUCACCGUCACACAAGUCGAUGAACAAAAAGCUCAUAAUGAUUCAAUCACAUCAAUUCACCUAGAUGUCGACUCUAAAACUCUGAUAUCAGCUAGCAAGGACAAAACUGUUAAAAUUUGGCAAUUAAUUCAAAGUUCUUGA